GAUUCGUACUAGACGCUUUUCACAACUUUGCUUGUUACUUGCUAACAAGAAUCAAUCUGCGGCGGUCGCUGCCAUUAUCCUGUUCUACUAUUGAAUAUUUAAAAGCCGACCUUAGCAAACAACCCCUCAUAUCUCUUCACCUCAACAACUUCCUAUAAUAUCUAUCAUUCUACUCUUGCGCCACGGACAAGCCUCUGAUAAUAGCUUCUCGCGAUCAAAGGUCUUGUUGUUUGUCGCUUUAUACCUGGGACCAACUACACCCUCAACGUAAAAGGGUACAGGACACACAGCUGUUUAUGUAUCAGCACGACCAGACCGCUGUGUUUAAACACUCUCCCCCUUUAACGCUGCAGUCGUUUCGCAUACCGCGAAAACCUUGUAGCCCUAAUAUCAGUUCAGUCGGCUGAGACCGAUCGACGAUUACAUCGCCUAAGUUAAUGCCUUCCAACGCUGGCAAUUAUUAUCCAGUCUUCCCUAUGUCCGCUAGGAACAGUCCUCUCUACUGAGAUCCUGGCUUGCCCAAUCCUCUCCUCUACCAGUCACCUACCAGUCACCUACGAAUGACUACCUAAGUCUUCUCGCUCCCUAUACCCAAGGAAUUCGAACUCGCCGACCGAUAAGAUUAUAUCCGAGUCUCUUUGCUUCCAUAGCUCCAUUAUUACAAUACCGCAAAAAUGGCGCUCGUCAACGUUCGUCGUGAUGUCACCGACCUCUACUACCGUUACAAGAUGGAGAAAAUCCAGACCAAAAUUGAAGGAAAAGGUAACGGUAUCAAGACUGUCGUUGUCAACUUGAGCAGCGUCGCUGCUUCUCUUGCCCGCCCCGGAUCGUACGUCAUCAAGUACUUCGGUUUCGAGCUUGGUGCUCAAACCAACAUCGAUCCUCCUGAUGAUCGCUGGAUCAUCAACGGUGCCCAUGAGGCUUCUAAGCUACAGGACCACCUCGAUGGCUUCAUCAACAAAUUUGUUCUCUGCAAGAAGUGCAAGAACCCCGAGACUGAUGUCGUCAUCAAGGACGGCCAUAUUGUCCUCGACUGCAAAGCAUGUGGUCAGCGCACCGACGUCGAUCUUCGUCUGAAGCUAAGCGGUUUCAUCCUGAAGAAUCAGCCCAAGAAGGGUGGCAAGAAAGAUAAGGCCGAACGCAAGGCUGCUCGCAAAGCCAAGCAACAGGCUCUCCAGAACGGCAACAAAGAGAACGGUCAAGGAAGCGGUGGAGAGAAUUCCGAAAACGGCUCCAACAGGACCAGCGACAAGAACGACGACGACGACGACCCCGGCAGCGAUGACGAGUUCACCCGCAAGAUCAAUGCUGCCGCUCAAGUCAUCGAUGCCCCGGCCGAAGUCAAGGACGACGACUGGGCUGUUGACAUGUCCGAGAAGGCCGUCAAAGCUCGUCAAAGCCAGCUUCCGAGCGAAUUCCGCCAGAAGCUUGUUCUUGGCGCCGACGAGGAUGACGAAGAUGGAGAGGGCGGUGGUCACACCGUCUACGACACCCUGGGUGACUGGAUCCAGGAAGAAGCUGCUAAGACUGGUAGCAUUAACAAGGUUGAUGAUAUUCAAAUUUAUGUCAAAGCUAAGGAGCUCGGUAUCGAGACCAAGCACAAGACUGUCUUGGUUCUCGUGCAGACUCUUUUCGAUGAGAACAUCAUUACUCAAAUUUCCAAGCGUGCCGCGAUGCUCAAGCAGAUGGUCACUUCCGAACGCCACGAGAAGGCCCUCCUAGGUGGCAUUGAGCGUCUUCUGGCCUCUCAGAGCAAGGAGCACCCCGAGCUGAUGACCAGCGACAAGAUUGUCAAGAUUCUCCAUCAGCUCUACGACAAGGACCUUGUCAGCGAGGACAUGAUCAAGAAGUGGGGAACCAAGGCCAGCAAGAAGUACGUCGAUAUCAGCACGUCCAAGAAAAUUCGUCGUGCCGCUGAGCCGUUCCUCAAGUGGUUGGAUGAAGCCGAGGAGGAUGAGUCCGAUGAGGAAUAGAUGGCGAACCCGAAGCGAAUGCAUUCUCUAUGUUUGCCGAGGUUCUAUAGAUCUCCUUAGUAUGCUGAUUUGAUCACGCAUUGGUCCAUUUUCACUUCUGCAUUUUCCCCUUUGGCCCCCACUUUCCUACACGGGCAAAAGUUAUGCGCUGGUGUAACAACAGUUUUAUUCUGCGCGUAGAGAAAAGGAGCCAAAAAAAGAAAGGAGAGGACUUAUUACAGAAAUUUUGCUUUUUCCCGUAUAGCACGGUUGUUUUCAGUCUGAUUCGCUUAAUUAAGAGCACAACUCCACUCGGUAAUUCCUUGGAAGGCUUGUCCUAUCAAUACAUUCGUUUGCAUAUCAUGUGAUGUGUUCACUUUGAAUCGUGAUUAAUACAGGUGGUUUACUGAA